ACCGUUAAAUGAAAUUUUGUUUCUUUGACUUGUUGUUUUGAAACUGUGAUGUUACCGCAUUUUGUGAAAUGAAAACCCCAGCCAGGUAUUUGGAUAUUUAUUUGCUUGAAUUGUGCGAAAGACGGCCUCUCCGAUUUAUACGUGAAAAGGAUGCAAAUUGGUGCAAUUUUGCAUGCUGAAUGCGAUGAUACGGAUUACAUCAGGUUGGUUACUGGCCGGCGCAACAAGCCUUUUUACACUCCGGAAUCCGGAUCAGAACCAUUUGUACAUAUGACAAAAACGCAAGCGGUUAUGCAUUCGCCUUUGCACCGAGAUCAUAUUAUUGAGAAUCGUUGGCGGUAUUAUAAAAACAUAUCGCCAAAACCGCACGUGCGUUUAUCUAUGCAUUCAGAGCUCUCUAUCAGAAGAUAAAUAUUGUACCGAAUUUCCUCUACGGUUAUGCUCUGCACUAUGUAAUAUAAUACCUUCAGCGAGCAUUCAUACAAAGCAUUAUUAUGAGUGGGACAUCGGUGAAAGCCGGCGACACCAUCCUGGAGCGGGAUCCGUGGGUAUGGGCCUUCCAGUGGGACACUUAUCCGACUCUCUGUGCCGGAUGUUUUCUUCCUUUGGAGUUCGCCACGCGCAGUCCUCUGCCCUGUUCAGGAUGUCAUACCCAUCAUUACUGCAGUGAACGCUGUAAGAAUACUGAUUGGAAAAUGGAACAUAAAUUCGAGUGCACGUUAAUGAAGCGUCUGGCCGAUUAUCGGCAGCAACUGGUACAACAACCAGAACUGCAGAAAAUAUUCCAAGACCCACGCAAUAAUACCGGACAACCACAGGGUGGCAAUGCGCUACUGUUUUCCGUAGCCAUUAUCCUGGCACUGAAAGUCCACAACAAAAUCCAGAAGUCCAUCACGGACCGGGUUCCCGGAUUGGACGGCAAACGAUCGGCAAGGGAAAUUAUUCAGUUAUUCGACGCUGAUCGGUCAUCCAGCCAAGCGCAACAAAACCCUGAGUUUAUAAAAUCGAAGACCUUUAAAGGGCUCUUGACGGCUAUAUACCCGAAACUUACCGAUCGACCGGCGGAGGACGAAUCCGCUGACAUUCUGCUACGCGUUCUACACAACGCGCAUCCGGUUUGGGACCAUAACAGCGGUGGUCUCGGACCGCAGCAGUACGGCACCGGAAUGUUUUUGGGCAUUGAGAAAAGUCAUUCGAUGCCAGUGUGUCUGGAUUACAACGCCAUGGCCAUCUUACCGGGAAAGACGCUGCGAUUGGUAGCGAUCGAUGAUAUUCCGGACUACCGUGGACCGAGCGAUGCACGGUGGUGCGAUCCCAGAUGUGAUGCAACGCAGCUGCCUGUGAAACAGCGGCGAGAUUACUUCCAGCGAAAAUACGGACGCGUCUGCGGCUGCCGCAAAUGCACGGAUGAGUUUGCGUCGCUUCAAGGAAAAGCACGACACGGCGUUUCAGCUGAGCGUCACCGCGGACUUAUUAUCGAACAAACACCUACACCGAAAUCUAAAACAUCAAAAGGUGGCCAUCAUCGAAGAGCUGACCCAGUUGGACAUUUUACAUCCGGGUUCCCCUUUGGGAUUGGUCUGUGGCUGGGUGGUGACGGAUGUGUACGAAGAACAGAAGCGUUUUGGGGAAGCCUGGGAUCUAUAUCAAAACUGCAUACUUUGCACCCGGGAAAUAUUCUCCAAGUAUCACGUUACUCGGGCCCAGUUCCAAGCCUUUGCUGGUCAAUUUGCGACAAAAUGGGCGGAACGCAUGGCUGAUGAUCCACGAGAAAAAUCUACAACGACGAAGGCCUUUAUCAUCGAAGUUCUCGGAUGGGGGAUUGAUUACUUAAGCGAGUCGGCGGCGAUCUACCUGAAGCUAUUUGGGCACCUCUGUAGAUAUGCCAUUUGCUGGCAGAUAAAAAUCCGCGAAGCGAAGGAAAUGUUACGGGCACUGAAGUAUGAUCAUGAUUGAAUCUCCGACACCGCCAAAGAUAUCGAUCGGCCUUCCUCCUGAAUUCACCGUCCCAUGAUCACACUCUGUUGUUAUUUCAGUUGCUAAACGGCUGGAAAGCGCUGUCG